AUGAGUAAAAUUAUUGGAAUAGAUUUAGGUACUACAAAUUCAUGUGUAGCAAUUAUUGAAGGGAAAAAUGCAAAAAUUAUUGAAAACCCUGAUGGUGCUAGAACAACACCAUCUGUAGUUUCAAUAGAUAAAGAUGGCAAUUUUAUUGUUGGUAUUCGUGCAAAAAGACAAUCAAUUACAAAUCCCAAUACUGUUUCUUCAAUAAAAAGAUUAAUGGGUACAACAACAAAAACAAAAUUAAAUGGUAAAGAAUAUACUGCAGAACAAAUUUCAGCAGAGAUUCUUCGUUAUUUAAAAGAAUUUUCUCAAAGAAAAAUAGGUCAAAAAAUAACUAAAGCAGUAAUUACUGUGCCUGCUUAUUUUAACAGUACACAAAGACAAGCUACAAAAAAUGCUGGUAAAAUUGCUGGUUUAGAAGUUUUAAGAGUUAUAAAUGAACCAACUGCUGCUGCAUUAUCAUAUGGAAUUGAUAAAGAUAAAAAAGAACAUAAAGUUCUUGUUUUUGAUCUUGGAGGUGGUACAUUUGAUGUUUCAUUAUUAGAAAUUGAUAAUGGAACAUUUGAAGUUAUUGCAACAAAUGGAUUAAAUGAUUUAGGUGGUGAUGAUUUUGAUCAAAAAAUUAUUAAUUAUUUAAUUGAAGAAUUUAAAAAAGAAAAUGGUAUUGAUUUAUCAAAAGAUAAAAUGGUUAUGCAACGUCUUAAAGAUGCUGCUGAAAAAGCAAAAAUUGAAUUGUCAGGUUCAUUAGAAACUACAAUUUCAUUACCAUUUAUUACACAAAGUAAUAUGGGUCCAUUACAUCUUGAAAUAAAAUUAACACGUGCUAAAUUUGAAGAAAUAACUGAAGAUUUAGUUAAUAAAACACUUGGGCCAUUACAUCAAGUUAUAAAAGAUAGUAAAGUUGAUAUUAAAGAAAUAACUGAAAUAUUAAUGGUUGGUGGUUCAACAAAAAUGCCUAUGAUUUCAAAACUUAUUGAAAGAGAAUUAAAUAGAAAAGUUUCAUUUUCAAUUAAUCCAGAUGAAGCUGUUGCAAUGGGUGCAGCAAUUCAAGCAGGUGUUUUACAAGGUGAUAUGAAAGAUAUUUUGUUAUUAGAUGUAAUUUCAUUAUCAUUAGGUAUUGAAACAAUGGGUGGUGUAAUGACUACUUUAAUUACAAAAAAUACAACAGUUCCUACAUCAAAAUCACAAGUAUUUUCAACUGCAAGUGAUAAUCAACCAAGUGUAGACAUUCAUGUUUUACAAGGUGAAAGAAAAUUUGCAAAUGAUAAUAAAACAUUAGGAAGAUUUCAACUUUCAGAUAUCGAACCUGCUCCACGUGGUAUACCACAAAUUGAAGUUACAUUUGAUAUUGAUGAAAAUCAAAUUUUAUCUGUUAAAGCAAAAGAUUUAAAAACAAAGAAAGAACAAUCAAUUGUAAUUAGAGAUGCUGGUUCAUUAAGUAAAGAAGAAAUUGAUAGAAUGGUAAGAGAAUCUGAAGAAAAUGCAAAAAAAGAUGAAGAAAAAUUACGUGCUGUUACUUUAACAAAUAGAGCAGAUUCUGCAAUUUAUCAAAUGAAAAAAUCUUUAGAUUCUGAAACUAAAGAUUUAAAUGAAAAACAAAAAGAACAAGCAGAAAAAGAAAUAUUUGUCAUUAAUGGAAAAACAGAUGAAGAACCUCCAAAUGUUAAUUUUUGA